AUGGACCAUAAUUUAACGGUGUUAUUUGUGCCGAUCGACGCCGUGGGUCACGUCAACGCAUGCGUUGGUAUCGCCGAAGUGCUCAUACAAGCGGGACAUCGGGUAGUGUUUGUGGUGAGCGACCAAUGGAGGGGUCGGCUCACAAAAUACGGCAUCCAAGAGAUACUGCUUACCGAAGAGGGUCGGGACGGGUCGGUAGAUCCGGGCCGGGAAUGGGCCGAACGAUUUGUGUCUGAUGGAGUAAUUAAAAAAGGGGCAACAGCGUUGGACAAUAUGAUCAAUGUAAUGCAAAACACGAUGCCUUAUUUAUUUGAACGACAAGUAUUAUUGGACAAAAAGUUGGAAAGUCUACUACCGACAAUUAAGCCGGAUGUGAUGUUUUUGGAUCAACUAAUAGAGUUACCGUCGGUGCUCAAGUCGAAAAUACCUUGGGUGUUGGUCAACAGUUGCAAUCCGCUAUAUCAUUUUUACAGCGAUGAAUUACCACCAGCAAUCUCAGACAAUAUGUGGGGCGAGGGGUCUGUCCCACAGAUACAAGUCUUACCGUUAGUUGAUUUGGUCAUAACCCACGGCGGGAACAAUACUGUCACCGAAACCAUGUAUUUCGGUAAACCUAUGAUUGUUUUGCCACUUCUCGGCGAUCAAUGGGAUAACGCACAGAGAGUUGAGGACAAGGGGUUUGGUAUACGACUCGAUGCCUACAAGUGCUCCGAAGAGGAGUUAUUGAAUGCAAUCCAAAGUCUAUUAAAUAAUAAGGAAUUGAAUGAAAUGUUGUUGAAAAUAUCACAAAGAAUACAAUUGGAUAAUAGUAUCGCAAGUCUUCCCGAAAUGAUUGAGAAACUUGUGGCCAAAAUGGAUAUUAAUAAUAAUUAA